AUGAGCUCUGCUCCGGCAGCGUCGGCGCACGGACGCCACUGGCACACACGCCCCAGGGCGCCCCGCGCAGCCGCAGUCGCCGCCGCCGCCGCCGAGGCCGCCCGCGCGCUCGAGUUCCCUUACCGCGGCUCCGGCUUGCUGUGGGCCCGCAGCACCGGCCUCAAGCUCUGGCCGGGAGCCGUGCUGCUCUCGCGCUGCCUGGAGGAGGCCCCCUCCCUGCUAGCACCCCUGCACCCCCGCCUGGCGGCACGCCCUGCUGGCGGCGCCGGCGGCGGCUGGGUCUGGCAAGACAAGCUGGUGUUGGAGUUGGGGUGCGGCCUGGGUCUCGUGGCGUGCACGGCGGCGCGGCUGGGGGCGCGGGUCGUGGCGACGGACGGCGAUGGCGACCUGCUGAGGCAGCAGCGGCGGCAGCAGCAGCAGCAGCAGCAGCAGCAGCAGCAUGCUGAUGUCAUUCUGAUGUCAGACGUUGUGUAUGGUUCGGACCCAAGCCUGUGGGAGAAGCUCGUGGCGACCCUGGCGGGGGCGUGCAGCCCAGACACGCUGGUGGUGCAGGCGGAGACGCGGCGUGUGGAGGGAGUGCUGUAUCCGCAGUAUUGGGAGCUCCUGGAGGCAUCCGGGUUCGGCCGCGCGCCGCUGCAGCGGGACGCGCAGGCGCGGCUGGAGGGAGAGUUGGCGGCGCGCGGCGACUGGCGGGACGGCACGGAGUGCGGCGGCCCCGGCGCUCUCGUCGGGGCUCCUAGGCGGGCAGGCUUGGCCUUUGGCGUGGUGCCUCGGCGAGCAAUGGUGGCCGCGCGCAUCAGCGCCCCUGGAGCGGCAGAGGUCGCUGUUAAUGACCACGUGCAGCAGCAGAUGGAGGAGACCGCCCGCAGGCGCAUGCAGUUGCGGGCAGAGAUGGCGGCGAUGCGCGAAAAGCAGCACAAGGCAGACGACGCCCCGUGGUGGGAGGUGGACUGCCCGCCCAAUAUGAUCAACGUGGACAGCGCCGAGCAGCUGCUCUCCACGACACGGGGCGCGUGCGCAGCGGGAAAGCUGGUGGUUGUCAACUUCUUCAGCCCAGAGUGCUACGCCUGCCGCACCAUGCAGCCCAAGCUACGCCAGAUUGCGCGCGAGGUGCAGGAGCGCGUCGUUUUUCUGAAGGUCAACGGCUUCUUGGACGGCCUGCGGGAGUACUGCGAGGCAGAGGAGAUUACUAAGAUCCCCUACUUCCACUUUUACAGGGGCGGCGCCCGCGUGGCCGAGUUCACGGCCAACAUGAGCCCGCCGGCGCUGAAGCGGCUGCGCAAGGCACUCGAAGUGUAUAGCGAAGACGCGGCGCCAGCGGCGGCAGCAGCGGCGGCCGCCCCCGGCGCGCCCGCGGCGGGCGCGUGCGCCUGA